ACAAUUCUACUGGCAGCUGUGGCGAUUUUAUCCCUGGCAUUAAUGAUCUCAUUGUGCAUCAAUGUCAAACUUUGCAUCAAACAACAGGCCAUGUUGCGCAGAGCCCAUCUCAGACUGAAAGUCAUUACUUUCAUGGCAUCAAUUAUGAAGAGCAGCAAGAAAAUCCUGAUGAUCAUCAGGAGCAGCAGGAAAAUCCAAUCUAUGGAAACAUUACCACAGAGAGACAAGCCUUCGGAGCCUGACUUGAAUUAUGCCUCGCUGGAUCUGAAGAUCGCAAAGAAACGCAAGAUGAAGAAUCGACACCAGCAGGGCCACCUGCAGGGACGAAACAAGCCUCAAGAACAGCCGUCAUCUCCUGCGAAUGCUUUCUCGGAGAUGGACGUGGACGUGGAUGCUCAUCUUCCUUCCAAAGACAUCAACACCAUGGUUUCUCACAGCAGCAUCUACCUGAACAGUCAACAGAUCGCCCAAGAGACAGAGGAGCUGGAGAUGGAGAUGGGGAGGGAGAGGGAGAGGGAGGGGGAAGGGGGGAGUCGAGAUUGGGAAGGAGAUGGAGAGAGUCAGGAAAGAAUGGAGAGGGACGAUAGCUGCACUGGGAAUGCAAAGCUUACAGAGUCAGAAAAUUCUCCGAACUGCUCAGAUCACUUUUAA